CCCGUUUGGCCGUUCCAUUUUCAUGUAUGACGACGGGUCUACGACUUCUGUAAAGGAGGAACGCGUAAUGAAGGCUGGAUCGAACAAACGCCAGGGAAAGGAAACCGCGGCUAUCAAGCGCACACUGAUUACCCACAUUUUCUAUCAAAUACAAAUAUGUCUAGGUCUGGAAGGCUCCAACUUGUGAUGCUGACUUUGAAUUCAGAAAAAAAUCUGUAUUGCAUGACCAGCAAGCGGAGUCCAGUAUGUGCUACGUGGAGAGGGCGUUUCUCAUGCGGAAUAAGCAUCAGGAAGCCUUCUGAAAAUCUGUGAUGCUUGGCCGUGCAUUACAGGCGUCACGGGUCAUGCAAGGGGCGGCUCUCCCCUACAAACAUAGAAACGGCCAUCGUCGGGGUUCCGGGUACAUUUUGCACACCAUGUACCUGGAGGGCGCAAGCCUCAUACCAUACCAUACCAUGCAAAAUAUGCAUGACAAACCUGGCAGUCUUCCAGACGACCCAGACAUAUUUGCAAUGAAUAUUUUCCCGAUAACCCAGGGGGCCUUAGUCGAUUCCGCCACGGCGUUUCAUAAUGUGAAUGUCGUUGAUAUGGAAGCGUCAGAGUUGAAAUCGACAAAGUUGAAAUAACUUGUAAUGCAUAGAAUGCGAUACAAAAAGUGACUCUAUUGCAGAGGACCCACGGGAGGCAGAUUAUAGUCCUGGCAAGGGUCAAAAGUUGGACUGCUAACUAGCAUGACAGAAGGCAGCUCUUUUGCCCUAAACCGCAUGACAGACUCGCUUCCAGGACAGGGAAAAUUUGUCAUGCACCGACUACACACUGUAGGUCUAACUGGUAGCCGUUUUAUGCAUGACAAACUAUUUCAACUUUGACGAUUUCAAACCUGACGCAUCCAGAGUUGAGUUUAUGACCGGUGGGUCCGGUGAAGAGUACUUCCGGCCGAUCCCGACACCUGGGACCUUGGAGUUCGAUCGAUUGCCGGAGGAACUGAAGCACCGGUAUAAAUCAGAGAUCGUCAAGUUGGUCGAGAUAUGAAAUGCAAAAGCAUUGUACUAGCAUGAAUUGCAUCACAAAUUGACUUAGCAUUACAGAUUGAAUUUGUGAUGCGGAUUUGCCUUAAGAAAAAGAUUUGUCAUGCAUAAACGCAAUUAGUACGAGCGCGAUACUUUUGCAAUGCAUACGAGAAGAGCAAGCGGGGAGAGAAGCUGUAUUUCGACGACCCGAGGACCGCGGCGGGCUAUUCCUAUUCUCGCUUCCACAAGGAUCUAGCGGAGCAGUAUGCUGAGGAACAUCAAGAUGUUGGAAAAAAAUCAGCAGCUGUCGGAACAACCGGUUCGACAGGAGCGGGGGUUGCUGGUAGUAGCAGUGGGCGCACUGGAAGUGGAAGCUGCAGCAGCGCUUCUAGCGGCCAACAUCAGCAUGUCCCGCGCGUUGUCCCGCCGCCUCCGCCGAAAACGCGGGGGAAGGCGAUUUCCCUUGCGAACUCUGUGGAGGUGCUUCAAACCACGAGUU